CUCCACAACUCCACAACUCCCCUACAAAAAUUCUUCAAGCACUCGCGACCAGUUGUCUCCCCGACGUGAAGGUACUCGUCGAACAUAUCCGCCGUGGUGCCAUAGGCCAACUGCCGUAGCGCAACAAUGCACAUCUGCAACGGCGAUGCCAUCUUCCCGAUACUGGAAGUAUUCAUCACGUGACUCCAACGUUUGGACAAUGCUGAGAAAAAGAUAACGAUGCAUUUUAAAUCGGCGGUGAAAAACGGUCGGGCCCCACCGCGGUUGCUCGACAAAAUAGUCUGCAAAUAGACGUUCGUGAGCUACGGCAUGUUCGCAUCGGCCUGGGGAUCUGCUCCGCCGCCGCCGCCUCCACGCGCUGCAUUUCGGCUAAGCAUUCUGCCAUUGUAUCAUUAACGGCAUCGAAUAAGGCCCGAGUCAACGAGCGACUAACGCCCUCGGAGGUUUCUGUUCCCUCUCUCAUUGCUCAAGGAACAAAUUUAAGGUUUUGAGGUGCGAGCGCCUUUUAGCUCACAACUGCUUGUUCUUUGCCGAAAAGGUUCAAUUUUGAGCCACUCUUGAUCAAACAUUUUCUUUUGGAAAAUUCCUUUUUGCAAAUCUUAUCGACUAUUCACCUUUUAUGUGUAGUAUAGAAGUAUAUUGAAAGGAAAAGAAAAAUGGAAGUAGUGAAAAAUUUAGUUGAGAUUAUUAGUUUUAUGUGCAACUCCGAGUUCUGGAGAAUGGCAAUGCUUUGGACGCUUUCUCUCAUCUCUUCCUAUAUGAGCCUGUUCUAUCAAACCUUAUUCCCGCAAGAGUCGAGAUGCUACCCUCGUUGUUCACUGAAAGACUCGACUUUUGUGUCUCCAUUCGUGGAUAGGCCAAUCUGCAUAAUAACCGGGGCCACGUCGGGUUUGGGUGCUGCCGCUGCACACGCUCUAGCGAAGGAGGGAUUUUAUGUCGUUCUUGUUGGAAGAUCAUCCGAGUUCUUAUCGCAGGCUGUAUCCGAGAUCAAGAGUCGAAACCCUGAUGCUUACCUAAAAGCUUUUAAGGUCGAUUUGUCUUCCUUCGAGUCGAUCCUCGAGUUCAAACACUCGCUCGGGCAAUGGCUACAUGACUCAAACAUGCAUCCGUCUGUUCAGCUCCUGCUAAACAAUGCCGGGAUUUUAGCAACUUCGCGUAGAGUUACUUCUGAAGGAUAUGAUCAGAUGCUCGCCAUGAAUUACAUUGGGGCAUUUUGUCUCACCAAAGUUUUGCGUCCCCUUCUUGAAAACAGCGUGGUUCCUUCCCGUGUGGUGAACGUCUCAUCAUUUACUCAUCGAAAUGUUUGCUGCAGGCACGCGGACACAGAAACCAUAUCCGGGAAAUUCUUUAUGAAAUCAAAGUAUUACCCGUAUGCAUCUAUUUACGAGUAUUCUAAAUUAUGCAUAUUGCUCUUCUCGUAUGAGCUUCACCGGAAAGUUGGUCUAACGAAGAAAUCUCAUCAUUUAUCCAUUGUUGCUGCGGAUCCUGGUGCCGUGAAAACAAACAUCAUGCGAGAAAUCCCUUCAUUCGUGUCGACAAUGGCUUACACAGCAAUGAAACUCUUAGGUGUUCUUCAGUCCUCAGAAACCGGUGUGAACGCUAUUGUUGACGCGGCACUGGCCCCUCCGGAAGUAUCAGGGGUCUAUUUUUUCGGAGGGAGAGGUCGGAGUUUGAACUCUUCUGCUCUUUCAUAUGAUGCCGGGCUUGCAAAGGAUCUCUGGGAUGCUUCGUGCGGCUUGUUCGAAGAGCUGCAAGAGGCCGCCCGACAAGAUGGGAACUGUGCUGCUCGUACCGAUGAUAUCCGAGAUAAAUAGAUUCGUACUCUUUAGAUGUUCAAGAGAAAACCUCUGUAUGUUACUUUUUCCAAUUAUUAUGUGGAGUAAUUAUUAUUUUAAUAUACUCCUAAAUAGGGCAUUUUAUUGGUGAAUAAAUGAAAUUAAUCCC